CAUCCUAUGUCUUGCAGGCAAUCCACAAGAUUUCGAUAACAUUAAGGAAAUUUUAAUUCAUGCUCUUGGUGAUCGCCAAGAAUUAUCUACGUAUAAAUGCCAGUUGUGGCAGAAUAAAAUGGAUCAAAAUAUGAGCAUUCAUAGAUAUUACCACCGUACAAAAGAGAUAGUACAGAAUAUUAAAACUUUAUCAAAACAAAACACAAAGUAUCGUGAUAAUUGGGAUGCAAUAAAUACUUUUAUUGAUGAGGACGGAUUAGCCGCUUUUAUUUCUGGAUUACGUGGAAACUAUUUCGGUCACGCCCAAGCAGCAAGGCCUAAAGAUAUUGAGGAUGCAUACGCAUUCUUGUGCAAAUUUAAGAGUCAAGAAAUCAACGCCAGUAAUAUGGAAGACAUUUCAAAAGCUAAAAAUUCAAACGGUAAUAACAGCAAAGACUCCAUAGAACCGAUGGAAACUGACUCAUCGCUUCAAAGCAGAUUAACUUAUAAUAAAAAGCUCAUUAACAAUAACGAGGUAGCUAGUGAAUAUGAACUUUCCGCAUCAGAAGACUCAUCUGAUGAUGAUGAGGAAAAAGAGGUAAAUUUUUGUCAGGCCAAUCGAGUAACUCGAAUAAAAUGAGGAACUUCUUACCAUAUU